AUGCUACUGCUGCUGACCUUGGCGCUCCUUGCCAGUCCCACCUGCAGAGCCCAGAAUGUCCUGGGCAACAGUGUUGGCGACUAUUUCUACGUUCAAGGUGAAAAUCAGGGGGAGCUUAAGGGCAUGCGGAUCUUCCUCAGUCUUCUAAAGUUCAUCAAGGGCAUCCAGCUGCAGUUUGGCAAUUACUGGAGUGAGGUCUAUGGAUCCCGGUCACCAGACUCUAUAGAGUUCCUUCUGGAGGAUGGAGAGCACGUGGUCAAGGUGAAUGGCAGCGCCAUGCUCUGCCUGACGUCCCUGACCUUCACGACAAACAAGGGGCGCGUGGCCACCUUCGGUGUGAGACGGGGCCGCUUCUUCGAUAACAGUGGAGGUUCAGGCAAGCAUCUAGUGACUGUGAAUGGUACACACACACCAGGCCUCUGCAUCACAGGGAUGGGCUUCAAAUGGGAAGAUAAUGCAAAGGUCUUGAUGCCCACGGAGCCUGUAAAAGUGUCAAGAGACAGCUCGGACAUGUCCAAGGAGAAGGAAGGUGGAGGCAGAGAUAAGGAUGAUGAUGAAGAUGAUAAAGACAAUGGCAAAGAUGAUGACUACGAUGAUGGUGAUGAUGAUGACUACGAUGAUUAUGAUGAUGACAACGAUGACAAGGAAGAUGAGAAAGAAGAGUAG